UUAGUCAAUGAUGAGGGCACAAGUUUAUUUGUGCAUAGUCCAGUCUUCAGAAUUCUGGCUUUCGUUCUCCUCCUCUCCCCAAGGAGUAUUAAGUGGAGAUUACAGCUUACACACUCUGGGUCUCUGGGCAUUUAUUUACAUGGCACCUUGCGCACUUUCUAGAGCGGAUUCCAUGAUCAUUUCCUUAUCUGGGCUCUCUGUUUACUUGAACACUUGAGGUUGAUUUAGUAUCUUACCAGAGCUAAGUAUUGUCUUCCAGACAUCAUUAAUUUUGCCUUUCUUGUCCAAUAUAAGUGUGAAAUUAAUCAAAAAUGAAAGGGAAAUUAAUAACAUCACGGUAUUCACAACUCAUCAGGUGACUUCACAGCAGGUAUGAAAUUAACUUCUCUGAAUUAAUACACACCUUAACAAAUUAAAGGUAGAGGUUUUAUUUGAUAUUUGGGAAAUGCCCCUUAAUGCUUCCUGCUUUGAUAGUUGAGUUGGGUGGUGACAGGACGUUACACUAUUGUGAGGUUACUUUAGGACCCAUAGAAAGCAUUAAAUCAACUGUUUUUUUUUUUUUUUUGUCUUCAUACACAUUUCACUUAGAUAAAUGAGAUAAAACCAGAUGGUUGAUGCAUACUUGUUUUUUGUCAGCUGAAAAAGGUUGGCCCAAAGACUUGCAAUUUUGAUCUCUAUUUACAAUAAACUAAAUUUGAUCCCAGGUUCUGUGUUUCCUUGUUAUGACAUGUGAUAAGAUUGGUUUCAAAGGGUCUGUUAUGAGGAACACAUUAUGGAAAAGAAUGGAGAGUUAUAAUUAUAAGCUUCUAUUAUAGCUUUUACUGAGGUUGAGGAAGGACAAGCCUUUGUUACUGAAUUGUUCCUGUAAUUACAUCAGAAAUAACAGGCAGCAGUCACCUUCCAUUAGGGGUGGGAGAGAAGGAUCCUUACUAUUUAAGUGAUCACAUAAGGUGCUAAAUGAAUCAUCCUCAGCCUCAUCGUGAGGAAUUAAAAAUAGGAACCGUUGACAUCAUCCUAUAGCAGGUUUUUAAGGGACAGACAAAUGCCAGAUAGUUUUUUUAAGGAAAAGAGCUGGCUUGAAGUAAUGGCACAGCCCACAUGUUAAUAGCCUAUUGGCAGUGCCUCUCCAAUUUGAGCAUGCAUCCAAGCAUGACCUGGAGGCCUUGUUAAAAUUGAUUGCUGGACCCCUCCCCAGAGUUUCUGAUUGCACAGACCUGUGGUGUGAGGUCUUAGAUUUUGCAUUCCCAACUUCCCAGAUGAUGAUACUGCUUCAGGGACUACAUUUUGAGAACCGCUGGGCUAAGUAGGAGAGAAACAGGUAUAAGUGGGGGAUGGCUCCAAAAACAGAAUUUUAAGAUUAAUUCCCUAGUGCUUGUUAAAAUUUUGAUGAAAAACCAUAUUCCAUUUGGGAUGAUGUGCAAGCCUUUUAAAGGGCAUCUGCUCUUUGUGACAUUGUAAGUGAACAUUAAAAAUGGUUGCAAAUCUAGAUAGCUGGUCUCCCAGCCUGGUUCAUUGCAUCUUAGUAAAAUUUUGGAUGAAUUUUGUUGGCUUUAAGUAUUCUCCAAGAUAGUGAAAAAUUUAGAAGUUUGGAUAUUUUUUUUCUCAUUUGUAAAUCAAACACUGUAUCUGGGGACCAUUUAUAGGACAGCAGUCAUUUUAACCAAGGGUAUUCCAAGUCCCAAGCCACUUCAUCAUCCUUGUCAUAGCCACCUGACACAAUAGCUGUUAUCAAAAUGAAAGUGUAAGGAAUCGGGCACCAUCUUCUGCCUGUUUCUAAACUUCUCACUGGUUCUAGAACAGCCCUUUUAGUAUCCUAUUAAUUAUUGCAUUAAAACAACAACAACCACAACAAUAAUAAUCGCUAACAUUUUAACAGGGCUCACUGACUGAUGCCACAGGCUGUUGUGUUCCCUUGCCUUGGCUUGUGAACCCCCAUUCUCUUAAUGAGGCCCUGGGAUAAUCUCUCCUAGACACGAGAAGACAGAGGCUUGCAGAGUCCCUUGGUUGCUGUCACGUAGUUUGAGCUCUCCAUUUGAGCCCAGGCAGUGUGAGCAAGUUAGGGCAGAUUUAGAAUCUAUUAUAUUUUAGGAAACUUUCCAUGGAGACUUGAUGAGAGAGGUCUCGUUGAAAUGGAAAUGCUAGGAAGUUUUGAAGUAUGACGAAAGCAAACCUAUUUAAGGUUACCACUGUGUGUGUGCUGGUGUCAAAGACUACUCUAGAUCUAUGUAACUAGACAAGAUUUCACAAAGUAGUGAAUUUAAUGGCUCUAGCCAAUGUGAGAUGAAAGCCUUGUGAAACCAGUGUUGUAGUUAUGGGGGUCUUUUUCUACAUGACUUACAUGAUGCUUGAUAAGGAAGAUUAAAUGAGUUAAAGUUUAUAAACAUGGUCAUGAUUUGUUUCUAGUGCAUAUCAGGUGGUCUUAUUAUUUGAAAUCUUCUCUCUAGGUAUGAACAUAUUUUAGGCAGAACCUUAGAUACGCUUAAAGGAACAAAUAUACAGGGCAGCUUUGGUGUUUUUAAUUAGCCACCUGUGCCUUAGGUGUAGAAAGGAGACAGGGAAAUCCUUGGUGGUUUUUUUGGCAUUCAAGAUUCUGAAUUUGCUUUUGGGGAAAACAUCCUCAGGGAAUAAGAGAAAGAAAUACUUGAGUAUGAAAACUGAGAGAUCAGCCUAACAGGUUGAAGGGCGUAAGGGGGUGGGGAGGUGUGAGACCCGAAGGUCUGGAAUUGGCCACCGUUGUCCUGUGUCAUCAGAUCCGAGUGGGCGCUGCGUGGGUGGGCCUUGCACGUGCAUUGGUUUGUCAUGGCUCACCUGUAGAGAUGCUUUGGAUUCCAGGCAGGGAGAGACUCAGAUGCAGACGUCUAAUAGAGUGCAGUAGUACCGUACAGAACUUAUCAAGUAGGCUAUUUUGUUUGUAGGGCCUUUACAGUGUCUUUCAUCUAAUAUAGAAUGAAAGGAGUAAAUACUGGUUGAAAAUGGGAUUCCAGUUUUUCCUGGCUGCUCUGUCACCGUCCCCUGUGAUUGCCUCCUUGUUUCUCAUGCAAGAUUGAAUUGUACGCACAUUAUCUCCAUCUAUAAAUGCUUUUAUAGUUUAGGUGUAAUUAAGAAAGGAAGGUAAAUCAAAGCAUAAGCCCAAAGUGAAAUUGAGGGAGCCAGUUAAUCCCCAGAAGAGAUACUUGUGGGUGAGAUCUUGAUGUGAGAUCUUGAUCUUGUGCCGUUUUGAAAAUUAGGAGGAGGGAGAAAGGACCUCCUUCUGUAUUUAUCUAUAAACACAGCUAGCAAUGGCUAUCAGUUUUCAUUAAUGUAAUGUACUUGACUCCGCAGGAAAUGAUAUUUAUGAUGAGUUGAACAUGAAAGUUUUGCUGAGGAUAGAAGUAAAUGGAUGGCUUUUUGAUUUCUUGGUGACCAAGAAUUUUGCAAAUGCACAGAGCCGAGGGUGAUGCAGUUGUGUUUUUGUGUGACUCAUAAUGUAGCUUGUCUGAAUCUUAAGGUAAAAUCACGAUUGAGUUCUUAACUAUGUGGCUAUAUUGUUAAAGCAAAAAAAAAAUCGGUGAAGUAAAGGACUACAGCUACUUUUUUCACAUUACGAACACUUUGGAAUCUUACAGUCUUACCGCUGGUCUGAUCCAUAAGUCACCUACUUCCUACAGACCUGAUCCCAGUAGUCACACGGAAAAUUGCCAUAUGAUGCACCAAAUGAGAUGUUUAUAGAAACUCUUAUAAAGAGCAGAAGCACUGGAAGUAAGGUGGUAUUACUUAGGCCUGAGGCACAUGGGUAUUCAUCCUGUUAGCCUACACCACUGCUCAGGAAUGAGGUGCUUUUGGUAAUGACCAAGAUGUUUAGGGGUUGUUUUCUAGAAACAAAUCUUGAAGACUGGACUUACUGGAGUUUGAGGCCUUUCCUGUAUCAUGAUAAUCCACUUUCAAAACCCUGUUCCUUCACCUCAAAGCUAUCUCAGACAGAAGGAGUAUAAAAGGAGUCAUGGCACUGAUUCGCUUCCAGCCUUCCAUCCCUUCAGUAAACAUUUAUUGAGCCCAGACUGUCUCACGGAGAUGGAGGAUUUGGAAUGACGGCAGGUUGAGUCUGCUGUCCCAAGCUGCCCCAGCACACAAACCUCUUGACAAACCGCAGAGCUUGUUGACACAGACAAAAAUGUUAGUAACUGUGAAUGUAUUAAUAGCUACAUGGUGCAGACCACAUAAAGAGGGAAUCAGCACCACAUUAAAAAUAACAAAAAUCUUUGAGAAAUCUUCCAGAAGAAAACUGUACAGUAUGCUCUUCCAUGAAGUCCUUAAGACUAAGUCUUAGAAGGACUUACCCACAUUCAGCUAGAAGAUGGAUCUGUCCCUCCCUCCCUAAUUCAGGUCCUUCCUCAGAUUUACAAUCUCUGCUGAUGUGUUCCAUGAAUAUCAGAAACAUACUGUAUGUAUUUGUUAAGGGAUAUGUUUUCCUCUUGUUUUAUUUAUUUAUUUAUUUUUUUAAAGGGCUAUUGUAGAGGAAAAUGUUAGCCAAAAUCGGGAGAUAAAUUUCUAAGUAUUAAUAGAUCUGUUUCUAGAAUGGCUUUUUACUGCUACUUUUGGUUCUAUUCAAGGUGAAGCACCUGUAAGUAAUCUGUUAUAUUUGAAUGAACUGGCUUAUAAUUCAAUUGGCUUUAUCUCCUACUGUGAACUCCUUAGUUUUUUAAAAUAGAGCUAUCUGUUUUUAAAAUUGUGUAUACACAUAUGCUUGGGACUGUGUGCAUAGAUUAAUGUAGGCUAGUCCGGAAAGCACUAGGGUGGGUAGAAAGCUUUGGUUUGAGGCCUGCUGAGACUUGGAACAAAGAGCAGUUUUGUGCAGAUGCUCCAUCUUUGCCAAGUGUGGCCUUACCCUUCCUGGACUAAUAAUGGAUGGAUCUGGAUCCUAACAAGGGAGAUAAUAUUUUUUAGACAAAUGCCUCUGGUGUGGAAGUGAUAGGGCCUCCCACCUCAUUAUUUUUAGCUAUCUCUUUUUGGGAGACUAUCUUAAAAGGCAGUUGGGUUCCAAAAAGGGAGAAACAAGGUUCGUACAAGCUCUUUGUCAGCCUGUCUGUAUGCAAUGGAUCAAGUCCUUAAAGAGGAGGAACUUAAAAAUGUCCUUGUGAUUUCAGGAGCGAUUCCUCUUCUAAAUUGGACGUUGGAGGAGGCUCCGUUAGGCCGUGUAAGUACUACAGUAAGCAAAUAUUCACCCCGGCUAAGCACAGAGCCCACGCAGGAUAUUUGCCCUUUGCAGAGGAGAGGACCUAGUCCUUUAGUCAGAUGUUAUCAUUGGGACCAUCAAAAUGCAGACACUGUGGUCCCAGCGGGCCAGAGGGUGGUUCCCUCGGUGUCACCCACAAUCCUGACAUCUCUGGCUACCUGCUUAAGGCCUGGUGGAGUUGAUCUUUCAGCGUAAUCGAACAAGAAUAUUUUUUUCUCUAUAGAAUUGGUGAAGUGACUGGAGCAGAAGGCUAUUUAUUACCUCAUUCAUUAUAAAAUACAAAUUUAUUGAGCUUGUCCAUGCCGCUUACUCUUACAUAGAAGGGCUGGCCCUUCAGAGCAGCCCAACCCAGGCCUGACCCAGAAGGUCACGUUGUGAAUGUAGGUAAAGCCACUGAACUGGAGAGAGUGACUCAGAAGGCUUGUACAGCCUCUAAACUGUGUCUAUAUCAAGGAACCAUGGCUCAAGGACACUUUAAGUCCUCAAUUAUGAGCAUAUUUUAGGGUGGAAGCAGUUUGCUAAGUACUUCCUUAUUUUCACUGCCGGAAUUGUUUGCAGCACUUCAAACCACUGCCUAGGCUACGCUUGAGAGUCACCUUGGUAAAUCAGAUUUUCACCUUGGAGCAGAACAUUUGGAUUUCACAGGCCGAUAGGAUUUGGGUUUCAAGAUUAUGGGGGUCAACAAAAUAAAACACUAAACAUUCCUAAUCCCUGUUUUGUUUGUUUGUCUUUUAAUGUAUGUGGAUCUUUGAACAUAUUUUGCCUCCAACAACAUCACAGGAUAAAACACUCCAACUUGCAAGCAGACAGAAUGUCUUGAUGUGACUAAAAGCAUUAAUGCUGCUAGAGCUAGAAAAUCAUGUGACCAUGUGACUUCUAUCUGAGUCUUUUCUCUAAGCUGUCACCUUGAGAGUUUGUCCUGCUGGGAGAAACCAGAGAAACAGGAAGUGUGUGUCCUUUUGGAACCUCAAAGGGCUUUUGAAUCUCUAAAGAUGUGGGCUUUUGUCUAAAAUACAAUAAGCAUAUUUAGUCUGUCCCUGCCUCCCAUACACACACCUCACACCCUGCUUAAUGAGAAUGUCACUUCAUUUCAAAGACUGGACAACUGAGCAAUCUGUCUUCAAGGGUCUCUUUCCCCUGAAACUGGUUUAGUGCCAAUAGGUAGGGCAGUCUGCUCCAAGGGUUGCCAGGCAGGGUAUCUGGGGAAGGCAGGCUGGCGCUGUUGGGGGAGGGGGCCGGGAUGGAGCUGGGUCUGUCCUCACUGCCACCCAGUGCUGUGGCUCUUGCUAUGGGGAAGAGGAGCGUCUCUCUGCAUUUACUGUACUGUGAUUCUCAUGGCAGCAUGCACGCCUCCCUCCUGUUGUCAGCUCUGCACCGUGUGGGUUUGACAGCCUUUAUGGAGCAGGCAGACGUGUUGGCGUUGUGCGGGACUCCUGGGCUGUGUCUUUCUGCCAUCAAAUAUGUUGUCACUUUCUCCCUCCAGCAUGCUAUAUACCUAGUUGCCUUUGGAAAGGCCUCUUGGCACUUCUGGGAGUAACUAGGGAAAGAGCAGCUGUCUGUCAGCCUCCUCCAGAGCUGCUGGGUUGGGCUGUUGUCAACCUGUUGGAGGAGUUCCCAAAGUAGCAGACUUCGCUGUCGUUGACAUUUAUAACUCGAAAGCCGCAUCACAGAUGACUUUACAUUUCUUAAUCCUUUAAUUACAGGCCCUUAGCAUAUAAAUCAUGUGGUUUGUGCACCCUUUGGCCAUGAAGGUGAUGAGGUGGCAUUCCCCCACCCCGUGUUAUAAAAUCAUCUCUUCUGACUUCUGUAGGAAGAGGCUGUGACCAUAUGAAGUCAGUUUAGAACAGGAAGGAUAUUAGCUUCUAAGACCAAAUGACUCGGCUCUGGCAGCCACGUAGCCUGUGAUGAGGGUGUCCCUGGGAAAUGGAUGUCAGAAAAUGUUUCUCAGAUGGGUUGGUGGAUCCUGUACCUGCUUGGUUUUAUGUGCUAAUUUCUCAGAGAACCAGAUUUGAAGCCUCAUUUCUUGAGACCUGACUGGAAGGGAAUGACGCCACGUUCCUGGUGCAAAUAAAAACCAAGGCCACCCCAGUAGAUCAUAGGAGCACAUGCUGCCAAAGACAGCGGAGCAAAGGAAAAAGGGAAUUGGAAUGCGUUUUGGUUACCGUGGGUCUGUCUAGACAUUCCUUGAGGGUUAGGACUGACUGGCGUUUUCCUCUUCGUGCCACCAGUGGCUAGCACCAGUGGCUGGGAUGUGUCGGCAUCUGAGCUGAGUGAACAAGUGUAAAGCAGUCUUAUUUUUAAGUAGAAGAGAUUUUCGUUUCAUUUUCUUUUUACCUGGGUCGUGCAGACAUUGAAAUACGUUAAACGUUAAUUUUUAAUCCCGUAAUCUGGAUUUAUUGACGUUUUCCUGUUGGCAUAAAAGGUGAAUAGUUUGAGACAAGAAAUGGGGACUUAGGUGGCAGGUGUUAGAUGUGAUUACAAUAAAACACCUUCAUUGCCUAUGCACAGGUUUCGUAUAUGGUUUCCAGGACAGACGUGGGCCACAUCUCGAGAGCCGCCAGUGUCCGGUCCCGGCUGUGUGGUGUGCGGGGCUGCCUGGAGUCGGGCAGGAGUAGGCUGCUUGAGGCAGCCAGAUGGUGGCCACAGGCUUGGGCAUGAUUGUCCACGGAGGAAUGAAUGUCUGUCACCUCUUCCCGGCCCUUUGCUCAUGGUGCACAUCAGCAUCUCGUCCCAGUUCUCUUUUUCAGAGCCCACGAAGUGCCUCAGAAUCUAUAAAAUUGCUUUGUACGUGGCCACUGCCCACGGGCAGGGUGGCAUGGUGGGCAGACCUGCUUCUCUGCCGGCCGGAGGGCGGAGUGGGGCCGGGUGUACAGCAGCAGAGCUGCUGACUGCAUCAAAUCAGAAUCCUGGGUCAGAGCGGGAGGUUGUUUCAAAACAGCAUCGAGCACAUUUAUUCUUUGGCUUUACUUGAAAAAAAAAUAUUUAAAAAUUCGGUAUUUCAAAUAUAAGUUCAGAGACUUAAUAGGAUAGCCACUCAUGUACCCACACCCCGUAUUUGCCGUCUUUCCUAUCUCGCUGGUCACGUGUGUCUUAGUAACUUUGAAAGCUGCUUGCUUUGGCUUCUUAUGUUAAAAGUUACGGUCCUUUUGUUCCUGGGAGUUCUGAAAUAUGUGGUCUGCUUGGGACCCAGGAAGCCCAGCGUGCCUGAGCUCUGAGGACAGUUGGCACUUCCUGGCUGUGCCCAGACCUAGGGUUUCUGUUGUUACAUUCUUGCCAUCUGCUUCCCCUUUUCAUUCAGUUUCAGGUGUGUGUGUGUGUGUGUGUGUUCGUUCCAGCUAGUUCAGCACUUCCCUGUAACGGGUAAUUCACUCGGUCCUGCUUGGCAAAGCUAACACUGUCUCUGUAUCCUGUUUCCUUCCCAUAAUACUUCAUCAUACUUUGAUGCCACACGGAUGACUCACUUUGUAAAUAACCUCUUGCUCCUCCCCAGGCCUGGGACGGGGUUUUCUCCACGUGUGCCGACCUCUUUGGAGGAGAGAGGCAGAGGCCCUGUCACUUUGCCUUUCGGGUGUAGAGUGACGGACAGACGGUGGUGCGUGUAGGGUGGCAGAGAAGCCCCCCCAGGUUAAAUAACGUGGGGAAGGCCCCUCGGCAGGUUUCUAGCCAUUUCUUCUUUUAACUGGCUGUUUUCUGAAGCAGAAAGUGUGCUAUGCUAGCUCACAACCGUGCUGUUGUCGGAUGACUAACCGUUCACUUGGCUCUGCGUUUUGGCCGGAGUCUAGGAUGGCGCACAGGCGUCGGCGCCCACGGCCUGCGGGGCUGGCGAGCUUAACGCCACCCGCUUUCUGAGAGGGGCGCCUUGAGGGAAGGCUGGAGGGGCGUGCUGUGCCAGCUGAGGGGGAGGCCGGAAGGACCCGGAAGGGGAUGUGUGGCGGCCUCAGGAAUUUGGCUGAAAGAGUUUUAGGACUCUGGUGGCUGGAGAAACAGAAUGGUUUUAGAAAUUUUAAGUCACGAUGGACUGGUACAAUAAAAAAUUACUGGAAAAAUGAAAUUAAGUUUGUAAUGUUAUAUAAACCUCCAAUUUUAUUAUUAGAUUUAAAGCUACAAUAUUACCCUAGAAAAUUGCUAUGAAAGUUUCUAGAAUACUUACCUUCCAUUUUGGUAUUAAUUUUUUCACAGACUCAGAAACAAAUACGGGGGCUGGCACCGCUCUGCUGACUGCUCUUUGAGUGGCCCUGACCUUGGAGUUGUGUCUCAGCUCUGGGUCUGCCCUCACGUGUGGGGAGGCCACUCUGACCUCUCUGAGUCUUAGGCUACAGAAUGAAAGCGGUGGUUCACUAACAUGUCCAUGUUCUCCCAACAGGGCAUGUGGGAUGAGGAAGAGGCGUUUAGCCCGUUGCCUGGGUGGAUUCCUUUUAAAGUUCCUUCUGGAAGGGACGUGCUGGGGAUUCUCUCUUACACCCCCUCGGCCACCUUGGCCUGACGUUUGACCUGCUCGUUUGCAAGGACGUCGCCUGCAAUGGUGACGUAGUGACCUUUUGUGGCAGAUCGACCCACGUGUGUGAGACAGAUCUGUAUCGAUAGUCACUGUGCACCCAGUGUCAGCUUUUUUCUUGUAGUUUUUGGCUGGUGAAUAGUUCUGUGGGGUGUGAGAGGAUGACCUCUUCAAAGGAGUCAUUUAGUGACUCAGGCUAAGUAGGCCCUGACUCUUGGAACACAGGUGACCCUAUGGUAAUUGUCACCCUAUUGUAAUUGUUACCCUAUGGUAGUUGUCAUUCCAGCCCACAGGAUUAGGGGGAUGGAUGGAGGAGCCAGCAUGCAGUAUUUUUAUGGCCGGGCCUGACAAUGAUUUACGUCUCUACUCGCAGUCUGUUUCCUAGAACUAAGUCACCUGGGUCACCCCUGGUUGAGAAGUGCGUCCAGGUGUGGGCCCAGGAAGGAGACAAGAGUGCAAUUUCCGUGAGGAGCUGGCAUCCCUCAUCUACUCUCUCACAUUUUUCUCUGAUUCACUGAUCAGAAUCUUACUAUGACAUUCUUUUGUCCAAGUGAACUCAUUUAUCCAUCUGUUACUCCGAGUGUGAUUAUGGUCGGGCGUGACGUUCUUAUGCGCUGGGGUAAGACACAAUGGAAAGAAAAGAGAAUGGACGCUGCCGGAAUUAAUCGCCAGCCGCCUGCAGUGGCUGAUGCGGACUGUUAGAGUGAAUUGGCAACGUGCCAUAGGCUGCAUUUGGAUUAAAAAAAAAAUCAAGGUAUUUAUGAGUUGAGAGUAAUGCUCAGUCUUUGAAAGGUAAAUAGCGUUUAAGUAGAGGGAAACCAUCACUCCAUCGGUGAGAGGGCAGCUGGGAGCCCAUGUUGAAAGGUGGCAGAGGUAAUGUAACUUGAUAAAAAGCUGAAAUCGCCAUAAUAUUUCCACAAAUAGGCUUUUCUCUUCCUGCAGUAGUGAAUUAAAAACAAAAUCUUUUAUUUGCUCUCAGUUCAGAGAGGCCAGAGAGUCAGAACAGGAGAAGUGAGAUUGUGGGGUGGACAGUGGGAGAGGCUCUUGGCAGAAGGGUCUGAGGGCGUAGCAUCCUUCCAGAGCCAGGGUUCAGUAGGAUAAUAGUCACAGGGACUGCACUAGGCGUCUCCCACUGACAAGCUAAUACAGAAAAUUGGGUAUUUGGGUGCUGGAAGAGGUGAGUUGCCACAGUGUGUUGCAGCGACCCAGACGUUUGUAAUCUCGGGAAGAUGUCCUCUCCCGGGAAUGGGGUGGGGGUGACGGCUUUGAUGGUGCUUUCAGAAAAGGGCAGUGGGGCCCUCCAGAGAGUGCCACCUCCCUGGAGAAGAUCUACCUGCCAGCAGGUUGAGGUGGGGAGAGAGACCCUUGCUGCUCCCUCCCUUCCUGCUCCCACAGGCCAGCACGACUGGACACCAGAUGGCCAGGGAGCUUGGGAAAUGCACCUGCCCUUGCUACUCUGCAGAAGGACAAGGUGUGCAGAGAAUGGGUUUGAGAGCAAAAGGGUAGAUGGCUGGCCACAGGGUGUGUAACCUCUUGGUGCAAAGGAAGAUGAAUAGAUGAAGAGAUUGCUUUAGGAAAAGAAUGUUUAUUCUCGAGUCCCUUUCCUCAUGCCAUAUUUCUGCCUUGUCGUUUCUGUUACCACCUACAUGUGUCCUUUGUAUUUCCGUCAUGCUUUUUACAUCAUACAUAUCGUACAUUUUAUUUAAAUAUUUGACUCCCCCCGAAUAAUAACUGACAUUUGCCGAGUUUUCAAUUUGUGCUUUAUCUGUAUUAAUUGAUUGACUCAUCAGAGCUACACUGAAGGCAAAUAUGGUCCAUCUUCAUUUUUUGUAGAUUUUGGUAUUUGCAAAUUUGCCUGCUUGCCAAAAUUUACAUGUAGCCCCGAAAGCAACACGGUGUUGUCCUGGUCGUUCGUGGACACGCACAGAGUGGAAGAAUGUUUGAGCAGCCUGAUGUGCUCGUUCACAGCUGAGGUUGAACAAGGCAACUGUUCUGCCUUCUUGCUUCAGCUCUCAUAUUAUAAACAAGGGUUCUUUCUUCCAUCUGGUUACUGCCAUGCUUCCCUCACCCCACCCCCCUUUUUUAGGGUGAUCCUGCUGCUUCAAAUGGCUGCCAAGCACAGUGCUGAGGUGUUGUCUGGUAUUCCUAAGCACAAGAAGGCUGGUGAUUUGAGGUAUCUUAGGGAGAACAUACAAGUGCUAGGCAAGCUUCACUGAAGCAUGACUUGUAGUUCCGUUGGCCAUGAGUUCAAUGUUAACGCUGUCUUCAAACAGAAACACAGAUGAAACAAGGUUAUGUCUGGAUCAGUUGAUGAAGUUGUGACCAGAGGCCCCCAGAAACCUAUGUCUUCUCUGGGAGCAAUGGUUCAGGAUUUGCUGAGUUAGUGUCUGCAGAGACUUGAUAGAACAAAACUACAAAUACUGUGAAGCAGCUGUCCUGCUAUUAUUCCCAGCUUGUAGAUCAAGAGAACAAGGCAAGUAGAAGUCAAGAGAGUUGGGCACGGGCCCCUGGUGGGAUCAGAACCUGGACCGCCUGGCCCCCAACCCUUUAUCUUCAUCCUGUGCUCUCCUGCCUUUGCAUCUAAUUCAUGCUCUUUCUACCCUUCUCAGUCUGCUGUUCAUGCUGCUGGGCCCCAGCCUGGAGCUGUUACCAAUGCUGAGACUCCUGUUGGUAAAGCCAGCAGCUACCUCUGGUUGAGAAUCGCGAUGUGUGUCAUCCUGCAGUAAAGUCUUGAGUCUGUGGGCAGAACUUCAAAUCCUGCAGCCCUGUGGUUAACCAGCAAGAGAAUUCCAGAAUGCUGCAGGGCAGGAUGGAAGCGAGGAAAGGAGACUGGCUGACCCAGGAGCCGGAGUGAGGCCCGCGGAGUCGCGCACCAUGAGGCCGUGUCUGCCUUCCACGCGUUAGGAGCCCAGGGCAGGUGAAGUUGCCGGAGAGCGAUGGCUCUGUUUACUCCGUGGAAGUUGUCCUCUCAGAAGCUGGGCUUUUUCCUGGUGACUUUCGGCUUCAUUUGGGGCAUGAUGCUCCUGCAUUUUACCAUCCAGCAGCGAACUCAGCCUGAAAGCAGCUCCAUGCUGCGUGAGCAGAUCCUGGACCUCAGCAAAAGGUACAUCAAGGCUCUGGCGGAAGAAAACAGGAACGUGGUGGACGGACCCUACGCCGGUGUCAUGACGGCUUACGAUCUGAAGAAGACCCUUGCUGUGUUACUGGAUAACAUUUUGCAGCGCAUCGGCAAGUUAGAGUCGAAGGUGGACAAUCUUGUUGUCAAUGGCACAGGGACAAACUCGACCAACUCCACCACAGCUGUUCCCAGCUUGGUAGCACUUGAGAAGAUUAAUGUAGCAGAUAUCAUUAACGGAGCUCAAGAAAAAUGCGUAUUGCCUCCUAUGGAUGGCUACCCCCACUGCGAGGGGAAAAUCAAGUGGAUGAAAGACAUGUGGCGUUCGGAUCCCUGCUACGCAGACUACGGAGUGGAUGGCUCCACCUGCUCUUUUUUUAUUUACCUCAGUGAGGUUGAAAAUUGGUGUCCUCAUUUACCUUGGAGAGCAAAAAAUCCCUACGAAGAAGCUGAUCAUAACUCAUUGGCGGAAAUUCGCACGGAUUUUAAUAUUCUCUACGGUAUGAUGAAAAAGCAUGAAGAAUUCCGGUGGAUGAGGCUACGGAUCCGGCGAAUGGCUGACGCGUGGAUCCAGGCAAUCAAGUCCCUGGCAGAGAAGCAGAAUCUUGAAAAGAGAAAGCGGAAGAAAGUCCUCGUUCACCUGGGACUCCUGACCAAGGAAUCUGGAUUCAAGAUUGCAGAGACAGCUUUCAGUGGUGGCCCUCUUGGUGAAUUAGUUCAGUGGAGUGAUUUAAUUACAUCUCUGUACUUACUGGGCCAUGACAUUAGGAUUUCAGCUUCACUGGCUGAGCUCAAGGAAAUCAUGAAGAAAGUUGUAGGAAACCGAUCUGGCUGCCCAACUGUGGGAGACAGAAUCGUCGAGCUCAUUUAUAUUGAUAUCGUAGGACUCGCUCAAUUCAAGAAAACUCUUGGACCCUCGUGGGUUCAUUACCAGUGCAUGCUCCGAGUCCUCGAUUCAUUUGGCACGGAACCAGAGUUUAAUCAUGCUAAUUAUGCCCAGUCUAAAGGCCACAAGACCCCAUGGGGAAAAUGGAAUCUGAACCCUCAGCAGUUUUAUACCAUGUUCCCGCACACCCCAGACAACAGCUUCCUGGGGUUUGUGGUCGAGCAGCACCUGAACUCGAGCGACGUCCACCACAUCAAUGAAAUCAAAAGGCAGAACCAGUCCCUGGUGUAUGGCAAAGUGGAUAGCUUCUGGAAGAAUAAGAAGAUCUACUUGGACAUCAUUCAUACAUACAUGGAAGUGCAUGCGACUGUUUACGGCUCCAGCACCAAGAACAUUCCCAGUUACGUAAAAAACCACGGUAUCCUCAGUGGACGGGACCUGCAGUUUCUUCUCCGAGAAACCAAGCUGUUUGUUGGACUCGGGUUCCCUUACGAGGGCCCAGCUCCCCUGGAGGCUAUCGCAAAUGGCUGUGCUUUUCUGAAUCCCAAGUUCAGCCCACCCAAAAGCAGCAAAAACACAGACUUUUUCAUCGGCAAGCCAACUCUGAGAGAGCUGACAUCCCAGCAUCCUUACGCUGAAGUUUUCAUCGGCCGGCCACACGUUUGGACCGUUGACCUCAACAAUCAAGAGGAAGUAGAGGAUGCAGUGAAAGCAAUUUUAAAUCAGAAGAUUGAGCCGUACAUGCCGUAUGAAUUUACAUGUGAGGGGAUGCUACAGAGAAUCAAUGCUUUCAUCGAAAAGCAGGACUUUUGCCACGGGCAAGUGAUGUGGCCGCCCCUCAGCGCCCUGCAGGUGAAGCUUGCCGAGCCCGGGCAGUCCUGCAAGCAGGUGUGCCAGGAGAGCCAGCUCAUCUGCGAGCCUUCUUUCUUCCAGCACCUCAACAAGGACAAGGACAUGCUGAAGUACGAGGUGAUCUGCCAAAGCUCAGAGCUGGCCAAGGACAUCCUGGUGCCCUCCUUCGACCCCAAGAACAAGCACUGUGUGUUUCAAGGUGACCUCCUGCUCUUCAGCUGUGCGGGUGCCCACCCCAGGCACCGGAGGAUCUGCCCCUGCAGGGACUUCAUCAAAGGCCAGGUGGCUCUCUGUAAAGACUGCCUAUAGCGGCCGCCUGCUCAGCCCCGCGCCAUGCUGCUGGGACGGACAGGGCGGCAGCCCCAUCGGGCAGGGCCAGGGGCAGAAUCCAUUCAGGGACACUGGCCAGAGCCCGAUCUCUCUGGUGGAAGUCUUUGUUUUGGUGUUGCUCUUGUUGUGGUCAGAGCAGCCCAGUGGAGUCUUCGCCAAACAAGAGCAGAGCAGAGACCAGGCGGGGAGUCGGGCUUCUCCCUGGCACGGUGCCAUUUCUGUUUCUUGAGGAGCAACCGUGAGGAGACUCCGUGGAUGCAGCUGCUCCAGGGUAAAAAGAGAGUCUCGAGAGUCAUUUAAAACAAAACAAGAGGAGAGGAAUUGAGCUGAUUGGAAAGAACUUUGAAUUGGGAACAUUCCUAAACCCAUUAACUUAUUUAUUUGGGUGGGAGGGAGGGGAACGAGGGAGGGAGAAGAGGCUUAAUCACACCUUUCUUCUUUUAUUUCUACUGUUAGUCAUCCACCUUCACUAUACUGUUAUUCUGUCUGCUCCGGGUGGGGUGCAGGAGUCGGCAGGGUGUGCCGUGGGGCUGGUGGCAUGCUCAAGGACAGCGUGGGGACCUGGCUCCCCAAAGCAGGUGGCAGUAGAGCAAACGAAAAUCUUGCUUUGGAAACACAGCCGAACUCUCCAGGGCAUUGUUAUAGAUGGCAGCUAGAGGACAGGCACCCCCGGCAUAGGGGGAUGUGCCUGUGUUGUCCAGAGAGCCACGCCAAAACAAAAGAUGGGGUGGACCCCUUUCUUCCAUGUCCCCACCCCCAGGCACAUGCCUUGGCCCUAAUUUCUGGUUAGAAUCCCUUUAGGAAAGAAAUGCAGGCUUGGAGGAUUGAGGAAUUUUGCUACUUUCUGGUAAAUUCUCCCUCCCUCCCCGUGCCACUGUGAGGAGAGAAGCAGAGGUGAGGGGCUCGCAAAGCUGCUCUUGGACUUAGCCCCAGAGAGGGUUGUCUUUGAACUGAGAUUUGGACAGGGUGAAGUUGGUCCUUAAGAACAACUGGCGGCAUGACUGGAGAUGGGCCCCUGACAGUGGCCUUGUGUUAUGUCCCCUCGGAUAUCACCAAAAUCCAGGGAAUGGGCCUCUGGGAGAACACGAUGUUGGCUGGGGGGGGGGGGCAGGGCAGCCCAGCGUGAACGAGGCGUGGCGGCUGUCCUGGCUGCUCACCUGUGCGUGCGUCCUGCAAGGGCCGGGAGUCUGGUGCCGGCCCUUCCUUUAGGUGGGAUUGUGCUGACAGGGAGGAGCCACUCAGCGGUUGCCCUUGUCACACACAUUGGACCCCACCCUCCAACCUGGAGCCCCCGUGCUCUGCCUUGUUGCUGGGCCGGAAAGAGCCUGCCUCUGCCCGGGCCCAGCAGUGAGAAGGGCAGAAAUCCAAAGGAAACCUUGCUGGGAGGGGUGAGUUCCUGCCCCCCUGAAGCAGUGCUUCCUUCCACGCUCUGCGUGCGAGUUUGUGGGCUUCCUGUGAAACCCCUGACACCUCCAGGCCAGGGAGAGACGUCCCUCUUCCAGCUCUUGCAGGAUGUCCCCGAGAGGAGCUGUCAGCAUCAUCCAGCCCUUGCAGGGCACCUUGGCUGCUUGGCUCUGUGCUCCGUGCCCGCCCACGGCCCUGCGGUUCCCAGCACCCUGCCUGCCGUCGGCCCGGUGCGGCAAGGUGCAGCCUCUGCCGGGCAGAGCAGAGGGCCACAGCCAGUGGCUGGGAGGGUGUUUGGGGAGUGAGGGAAAGGAAGAAUUCUGCUUCAUGGCAACCGGGGGAAACGUGGAGCCUUUAAGUCUGGGAAGUUAGGUUCAUCUUCCUCCUGGGUUUGUGCCCCGGUGCAUGGAUAAUCCUGAACGUAUAGCCAGCCUUUGUCCUUAGGCCCUCAGAGAGGGGCUGGGGAGGAGCACCCGGAGUCUAUUCCAUCAUCACAGGGGCCCGUCGAGACCUGGCUAAGCAUAGCCUCUGCCGGGGCCCUGCAACGAGAGGGCAGGCAUCCAAAGUACAGAGAGAGUGUGAGUGAGUGAGUGAGUGAGUGUGUGUGUGUGUGUGUGUGUGUGUGUGUGCGCGCGCUUUUAAGCUUCGCAAGGGCAGUUUCCUUCAAUAGGAGGGCAGACAGCUGGCAUCCUGACUGUGAGGAAGAGCUUUUCCCUGGCAUGGGCCACUCGGCUGCACCCUAGAGUGUGGGAAUUGGCCGGAGUGCGCAGCCCUGCCUUUCCUGGUCCAGCACCGCCCUCUCCUGGGCGCUUCCGGGAUCUCCCAGCACCGAGGCUGGCAGUGCGGACGUUCUGCCAGCAGGGGGCGCCCACGUGCCAAGACUGCUUGCCACGCGGCGCCAGUUUGCGCGGGUUCGCGCACGCGCUUCCUGGAAGGCUGUUUAAAUUGCACCGCAGCUAAGGAAGCGGGAAAGUAAAGCUAUGUGGUCCCUGCCUGGUGUCCCAGAAGCUGCAGGGAUUGUUUGCUGUCCGUCCCUGAGCUCAGGACCUCUCCACCUUCCUGUUCCUCUUUCACAAGGGGUGGGGGUGGGGCGGCCGCUUUGGAGGCAAAGAAAUCCACACUCCAGUUGUUAAGGGCAUUAUCGAUAGAGACCAGUAACCCCUAAGCCAGGGGUCCUCAAAGUUUUUAAACGGGGCCAGUUCGCUGUCCCUCAGACCGUUGGAGGGCUGUUGAAGAAU